GUAGGAAAAGUGUCGGCACCUUAUUGAGGGUGUUGACACCUUCAUGCUCGACCUCUGCACCUCAUGUUCAACUUCUGCACUUCAUGCUCGGCCUCUGCAGCUCGUGGCUGACCUCAGUAGUGAGUGUUUGAGCUCUACAGCUUGUGCUCAAGUUCUGCACUUCGUGCUCGACCUCGGCAACAAGUGUUUGAGCUUGGAAGCUCGUGUUGGAGCUCUGCACUUCAUGCUUGGCCCCUACACUUUGUGCUCAACCUUUGCAGCUCAUGCUCAUGUUAAGCUUUGCACUUCGUGCUCGGCCUUUGCAGCUCGUGCUUCAGCAUCCCGCACCUCGGACUUCUGCAUUUUGCAACUCGUGAUUCAGCAAUUAUCAUUUUGGACUUCUACACUUCACAGCUCAUACUCGAGCAAGAUGCUUGCAGCUCAUGCUCCAGCAUUUCGCAGCUCGUGCUCAAGCAAGAUGCUUGCAACUCCUCAUUGUCGAACUUGAGUAAUGGAGCCCAGCCAUAGUCAGCCCGGCCAUAACUGCUUAGUCUUCUUCUGUCAUUGGAACCAUAGGCUCUUGUUUCCUAGCAGGUGAUUGGAUUCUCACUUAAGUGGCUUCAGGCUACGAAAGAAAGGAUGACAAUAUUG